UCGUAUAUUAUAUUUUAAAAUGGCCGUCCGCCAUGGUCACGACGGAUAGCGAGCGAUAGUGCUUUGCGAAGUGUAUUCGUGAAAAAAGUGUGUCUGAUGGCUUUUGUACUCCAGUUCGCGAAUGUGACGUGCUGAAGUUACUGAUAGUGAAGGAGUACCGCGCUAUUCUGUGGUGCAAGUGGAGUAAAUUCGAACAGGAAUAUCCGCCGGAAGCAGCACCUCACAAUCAGAAUCAAUAAUUUCGCGAAUGAGAAAUAGAAAAGUGCAAUAAUGUUAUUUUUAGUGAAAUCAGCCACGGGCCAAGACAAAUGAAAACAGUCCAAUUUCAAUUUACUCAGUAGCGAUAGAGAGUGAAUAAAACUCGUAAUUGAGUCAUUUUGACAGAAAACAAGCAUACUGUGUUCGGAUUAUGGAGCAUCAGUAAAGAAAAGCAGCUGAGGCAGUGUUGAAGGAAAAAAGAAAAAAAAAUCAGUGUGCGUUCCGAUCUUUACUGCCCAAAUUUUUGUUUUUCGGAGUUGUACAGUUAACUAGAGUAGUAAGAUGAACCGGAAUUCAGCGAGACUGGAGUUUUGCUGUUGCUACAAUACCAACUAUCGCAACUACUGCUGGUGCUAUUAUUCAAGCCGUGCUUGCUGUGGUUCGUUUCCAUCAUCUCGUCAUCCAAGGAAUAUCACCUGUUUCGUAGGAAACUCAUCUUAGGAACCAUCCUCCUCAUCCCCCAACUAAUUUGCUUCGCGACACGCAACGUUACGCACUGUAAAAGACACUGUAACUGUAUAAAGAGAAAAACAGGGAAACUGCCGAGGACGCCAAACGAAACGUGGUUUUUAUCCCCGAACCCAAAAAGAUUUCGUCACUGCGUAUUCCCGUUUAGAAUAUGUUAGGAUUAAGUCGUCGUGGAGUGAAUGCUGGACCGCCCUUGAGCUUGCCAUCUACACUGGAGGACUCUACGAAUAAUUGGAAAGGUACACCUACGGGACCCGCCGAUCCAUCUCAGCAACCCGGUGGACCCGGAGGAGCUGGUGGCCCAGGAGGUGGUGGACCGGGUGGUGGUCCUGGUGGUGGCGGGGUCAACAGCUUUGGUGGUCCUGGAGGAGGAAACUUCGGCGGGCCCGUGUUUCCUGCCGCCGGCCAGGGUUCUCCUGCGGGAGGAUCCGGUGCCAAUAGUUAUCAGAAUGUCCCUCCUGGAACUGGCUCAAAUACCCCGCAGUAUACGGCGUCGCCGGCUCCUUCCGGAUCCAGUACACCUGGUCCCGGUCCGCCACAAAACGUAGGCUCCGGAUUCCCACCACCAAACGCCGGUGCAGGCGGUCCUGCUCCAUAUAAUGGUCCCGGAGGCCCUGUCGGUGGUGGUCCAUUUGGCUCACCGUCCGCUAAUGGUCCGCAGUUUGGCCGACCCGGUAGUUCAGGUUCGGCUUUUGGAAGCGGGCCACACUUUACGUCGCCUGGCGGCCCAGGCAGCUUUGGUGGCCCUCAGUUCGGUCUACCUCCCGGGUCACCUUUCGGUCAUGGACCGAACGGUCCGAACAUGGGCGGCCCAAUGAAUCAAGGACACAUGAUGAGUGGUCCGCAGCCGGUUGAUCGAAUGGAUCAGAGUCAAUUGAACGUUCCCAGAAGGCAUGCAUACUUUGGACAACCUGACUAUAGAAUAUAUGAAUUAAAUAAGCGAUUACAGCAAAGAACUGAAGAAAGUGAUAACAUUUGGUGGGAUUCGUUUGCGAACGAAUUCUUCGAAGAUGAUGCAACCCUAACACUAACCUUUUGCUUGGAAGAUGGACCAAAAAGAUAUACUAUAGGACGCACACUAAUCCCUCGUUAUUUUCGAAGUAUCUUCGAAGGCGGUGUAACGGAACUGUACUUUAACCUGAGACACUCGAAAGAGUCGUUUCACAAUACCUCCAUUACGCUUGACUGCGACCAGUGCACGAUGGAGACGCUGCAUGGGAAACCCAUGUACACCAAGGUAUUCACCGAGGGCCGACUAAUACUGGAGUUCACCUUCGAUGACCUGAUGCGGAUAAAGUCGUGGCACUUUGCUGUACGGGCGCAUCGGGAGCUGAUACCACGCUCGGUAGUCGCAAUGCACACCCAGCAACCGGAUCCGUCCAUGCUGGAACAGCUGACGAAGAAUAUCACCAGACAAGGAAUUACCAACUCGACACUGAAUUAUCUGCGCCUAUGUGUGAUAUUAGAACCGAUGCAGGAAUUAAUGUCCAGACAUAAAGCAUACUCACUUAGUCCGCGGGAUUGCCUGAAGACGACACUGUUCCAGAAGUGGCAACGAAUGGUAGCACCACCCGUGUUAAAAGUAUCGAACGCUAUUUCAGAUGCUCAACGUCCGGCGAACAAACGAAGGAAACGCAAGGGUUCGAGCUCUGGAGCAGGGGCGGGAAAUGCCGGUCCGCCAGUGCCGAGCAAGAAACGAUCACCCGGACCGAACUUCUCGCUGGCGUCUCAGGUAGACGUAAUGGUGGUUGGUGAGCCUUCCCUGAUGGGCGGAGAGUUCGGCGAAGAGGAUGAACGGAUGAUAACCAGGCUAGAGAACACGCAGUACGAUGCUGCAAAUUCGCUGGAGCAUGAUAGCCACAACGCUUUUGGCGGUCAUAACGAUUCACCGAUGACGGGCGGUGGCCCUGGUGGUCCCAAUUCGUGGCAGGUGGAUCGAGGUGGUGGCCCAGGACAGCCCAACAAUAGUGGACCGGCCAGUCAGGAUUCGGACAAGAAAAGUCCGUCGGUGUCCCAGUGACAAUUGUAAUACUAUAGGGUGAAAGAGGAAAAUCAGUAGAACCGACUGGCCCGCAGCAGAGUCAAUGCGCUCGCUGAAGGGUGCACCCUAUAUUGAUUGCAAUAAGCAAAACACAAGGUUCUCAAUGACGACGACAACAGCAACGUAAGGCCACACAGAAUAAGACAACAAACUUACCAGGGAGAAUAAGAGAGAGAAGUAGCAGAAUGUGCAGGAUUGGCGUCCGCUUGAACCAGCUGAGUGUGGUCCGGUAUCCGGAUCGCUGCCAGUACCAAGAUUUGUUCGCCAGUCCAAUUCGGUUAUGACCGAAACAAGCACAGCCGUUUCCUGCGGUUAACAAGAUUUCCUAGUGUUUAAAUGGCGUGCAUGCGCUGGAUACUUAAUCCUGGAAUUUGGCACUAAUAAAGACAGUGUGCGACGUACUUUGGAGGAACAUUUGGACUUUCUAAAAGCAAAUCAAAUAUGAUCAUCAUCUUUAUCGGGUGGCAAGAAACAAUUUUGACAAGCAUUAUGAGAAAACAUUGCACGAAAACGUGAUUUGGUGAACGAUUUUUCGGGCGGAAAUUUUGCAAUAUAGAUAUCGUGUUUUUCGUGGAAGGACAUUGGAAACGAAUAAAAAGAAAACUAAUAAGUAGCAUGGUAACGGGAAGUUGAAUGUAAACCAGACAAACCACUCUGGAAAAUUAUAAAUAAUUCAAAAGAGUAGCGUUUUUUGGGUGGAAUAGUGCUACUCAGUAGUAACAGUAGUGCGAGCGGAGAGAAAGCGAUAGUGUGCUAGUGUAAAUGAUGAAACCAACCUUUAAGCUUAGAUGUAUAUGAUAGUCGAGCGGUGUAAAUGUGGGGAUCUACUACUGUUUUUCGUUUUAUGUUCAUUUCUCCUAUUGGAAUAUGUCGAUUGAGUGAAAAUAUGGGAACUUUCGGUAAGAAUACAUUUAGUUUUUAUUUUUCAAUUAUUUAUUAAAAAUAAAACAUGAUAAAAUGUUCAAACGACACAAAAACGGGGUUUCCGUAGAAAACCACGCGAUCGCAGGCGUUUGGGUCUAGUUUAAAGAAGGUAUGAUUCGUUGCAAAAAAGAGAAAAAAAAAUCAUUUAUCUGAACUGUAGUAAAGCAUCAUCCAUUGAUGCGAGAAAACAAAACAAAUAUCCACCUGCAGGACAAAUGAACAUUUGUAAAAAGAAACACCACUCAAUUCAAUAUAUUUCUCUUAUCUAAUCAAUACACACUGACAAACACAAGAAACAAAGCGCGACAUGGAAUUCCGAAAGGAUAAACCAAACAUUAGAACCCAUAGCAAAAAAUAAAUUACCCUCUGAAUGCAGAAGCAGCAAAACAGCACAGAAAUAUCGGAACGAGUGCAGAAACCGUAUGAAAGUGUAUCUGUAAAAUCUAGUAUUUUAAUGUAUUAAAAUAGGAAAAUUAAAAUAUUCUCUAAAGAAAAAGGUAAAAGUUAAUAUAAAUAAUUACGUUUUUGAAGAAAAAAACUGAAGGCAAGACAAAAACCAAGUAAAUUAUUUUAAUCAUGAAUCUCUUUUUAAAAAAUCCAUAAAAUCACGACAAAAAGAGACGAUCCGCGAGUAAAUCAGAAUAAUAAUCUAGAAACAAAAAGAAUAUAAAAAUUAUGUACAUUGACAAAACUCUAACUCAGCCCUAUAAAUAGAAGCAAAACGAAUCGUGAAAAAGUCAACCAGAGUAAACAUUGACCCCAAAUCCUGAGACAACGAGCCAAGAAGACUGGCAACUGUGUUUUUAGCCGAUACAAAUGUGAAUCGUUAUUGGUCACCUCUCGGCUCUCGAAGGUGGAUGCUCAACAAAAAUGUAACUAUGUAUCUACGGCAUUUCACGCAUUUUUCUCUGGUACCGUUGUCUGUCUUCUUGGCAUGCUGUCUUUGUUAAAUCUGUCAAAGAAGGAAAGCCAUCCGGAAGAUAAGCACCGCAGAAAGGUGGUUUCGACCGGUCGCGAUAGACUCAGAGUAAAAAAAAAACGGCAGAAAACAAUGGGAGAAGUAAAAAAAACAUCGUCAGUAUUUGUUAUAUAAACAAUCAUUAAGAAGAAAAAGAGUGAUCAUUAAGGAAAAAUCAUUAUUUUUACGUGUAUAUCUUAUUAUUAUUAUUGUAAUUUAAAGAAAAAGGAAAUAACAGAAAAAAAGUGUUAGUAAAUCAUAAUUUUACGCGAAAAAAUGAACAUCCAAUCUUC